AUGAUUUCUUCGAAACCCAGGCUUGUGGUUCCUUAUGGCCUGAAGACUCUACUGGAAGGAGUUAGCAGAGCCAUUCUCAAAACCAAUCCAGCGAACAUCACCCAAUUUGCAGCUCUUUAUUUCAAAGAGCUGAUUUUGUUCAGAGAAGUAAAUUCUUCAUUGGAUAUAAAAGACCUGGUUAAACAAUUUCAUCAAAUCAAAGUAGAGAAAUGGUCAGAAGGAACGACACAGGAGAAGAAAGUAGAGUGCGCAAAAGAGCCAGAACCAUCAGCUGUGCCUUGUGAAGAACCUAAACGGAAGGAGAAGUCUACGGACACGGAGGAAGACAAUAUCUCGGGACCAUUGUUUAGCAACAAAACCACCCAGUUCCCAUCGGUUCACACUGAAAUUGCAGAGCCGGAAGAGACAUCAGAAUCAGUUAGUGAGCCCUCUCCCAAAGCAUCUACCCCUAAGGUAUCCACCCCACCAUCCUCACCAUCUCCACUCGCAGCUGCCUCACCGGAAUUUGCUUAUGUCCCAGCUGACCCAGCACAGCUAGCUGCCCAGAUGUUAGCGAUAGCAGCAAGCGAAGCAGGACAACCACCACCAUAUUCUAACAUGUGGACCCUUUAUUGUCUAACUGAUAUGAACCAACAAAGCCGCCCAUCACCGCCACCACCUGCACCUGGGCCUUUUCCCCAAGCAACCCUCUAUGUGUCUAAUGCUAAGGAGCCACAGUUUCUGCAGCAUCCACCGAAAGUUACUUCUCCAACUUAUGUGAUGAUGGACGACUCCAAGAGGACCGGUGCCCCACCUUUUAUUUUAGUAGGCUCAAAUGUUCAGGAAACCCAGGAGUGGAAACCUCUUCCUGGACAUACUGUUAUUCCACAGCCAGAUCCCUCCAAGAGAUAUACUGCAGUCCAAGUUCCAAUUGCUGUUCCUGCCGAACAGAAAUUCCAGAAACAUGCCCCAGCCCCCCCGAAUGGUAACUCUCCUCAGAGUGGACAAGAACCCCCCAGGCCACAAAGCCCAGUUUUUCUUUCUGUUGCUAUCCCAAUAGAAGAUGUAGGCAAAAAGGGUUCAGGAUCUGGUGACAAACGUACCCCCUUUGCAGGAAGUUACGGUAUUGCUGGAGAAAUUACCGUGACUACUGCCCAUCUUCGCAGAGCAGCAGAAUCUUAAACUGGUUGGUAAUUUUCCCAACCAUAGGGUGUGACCUUUUGGAGGAAGUCUGGAAAUCUUACCACUGAACUUCAGAAUCUUGAUUUGUU